AUUAGGCGAAAAGGUUUCGCGUGUCCGCUUCAAGUUGUUUUCGUAUUCGUCGUCACCGUCGUCCACGUCGUAAAGACUCCUUGGUUCGUGAACGUGUCCGUUAGUACUCGGAAAGCAAGCGAGACGUACAAUCGCAAAGCGCAAACUUAGCAAGAGAAAUGUUACAUUACAUAACAAUAGGGUGAACCGAAAUUGUACGUUAUUGAUUGAUUUCGUCUACUUCCGUGCGUUAAGGAGGGUAAAGUGUGCAAAGUUCCUGCUGCCGUGAUCUUGAACGCUUCCACUGUUCCCCUCGAAGGUAACUCAUUCGACGUUCGACCUCUGAAGCCAAGGUUUCCUUAAACCACGUUCCUCAAUUAAUCUGCACACGUGAAACGUCGAAACAAAUAGAAACACGCGAAGCAGUAACAAGAUUUUCAUAACAUUCCCAAAUUCAAAAUGGUCAAAUGGGGAUUGACUCGUAGACAAAUGAGAAAGUGAUCGAAUAGAUGGACGCAGUCAAAACUCUUCGAUCAUUAUGUGCGCCAUGUUAACGGCGAACGAUUGACAAUAAAGGUACGUGUGUGUAGCUGUAUAUCUAUACAACAGCAAGGACCGCAGGCUGAUCAUGGCUCUCUCGGAGAGAGGAUUGACGAUCGGUCCACGGGUGCCUCGAGGUUUAGCGUCCGCGGUCGAAGGUCUUGCCCGCGAAAUUCUGAGGUACCGGCCUCAAGACGUUUACGCCUUCGCGGCGCAUCACUUCGAGCACCUGGUCGAAUUGAGGGAGCACAGCCGCGCCGUGGACGUUUCAAGGAUCCUCGACCGCGCGUCGCGCAAAGAGAAGCACCGCAUCCUCUUCGACUGGAUCUGCCGCGACAAGUGCGACCCGGAGAACGAGCCGAGUCACGAUCGCUAUCGCCGUUCCGAUCGCGAAGGCAACGAUCCCAUCAAGGAAGCCGCGCUCAAAGAGACGAGGGCACCGAGCGCGUCGAAGUUACUAGCGAGAAGGAGAAGAAGAAGGAGAAGCGAGGAAGAGACGACGAAUAGAAGCGGCUGGUCCAUCGGCGAGACCGUGAAGGUGUUCAAGAAGCACGAGAACGAGGCGAGGAAGAGGAAGUCGAGGAACGCGCAGAGCUUCGAGAAGUCCGUCGAGAAGGAGGUCCAUCCCAGCCACCGCGAGCAACGAUCGCCGCAGCUCUCGAAGACGAUCGCGCACUACCGGUUCCUCCGGUCCCUGUCCGUCGGGGACGUGUACCUCGCGAAGAACAUCAGCCGGUGUCUCGAGAAGAGUCACGAGGACACGAAGAGGAACAACGAGUGCAACAAGCCUCGCGAGAGCGCGCGAACGUUGAAGCGGCAGAGGAGCGCCGGUCAAAUCGAGGACGCGCGCUCCUCGUCCAGGGUUCGCCAGGAGUGCGUGUACCACGCCGCGAGGAGGUCUCACUCCCUCGUGAACGUGAUACUGAAAGGCAGAGGGCCCGCCGGGAAGGAAGAAGCGCGACGCGACCAGCUGACAGGGAACGAGGGCGACUCUUUCGAGACCCACCCCCGAAAUCGUCAGUUUCGACGGGAGUCCUUCUCGAGGGGACUCGAGGCGAAGGAGAGGAAGAGGCUGGAGGAGGAGAAAGCGAGAGGAAGCACGGAGGCUGCCUCGAAGUUGAACUUCCGAGCGGAAAGUGACGAAGCGUCGAAGGACAACGGUAAAGCGGAGAGGAUCGACGUCGACGGCGCGAAGCCCUCGGAUAACCCAGAAUCCGUGAUUCUCCCGUCGGUGGUCACGAAGCAGAGUUCCAGUCGGUACCCGGAGGACACUGCCGAGCAAGAGGACCCCAACUACCUGGUUCUGCCGCCGAUAUCGAGCGACGCGUCGAAGACGGCCAAGAAGGACAACCUGUUGCCGUUGCCGCUGUUGUCGACGCUCACGGAAACGAUCGAGACGAAUCGGCAGUCUGCUGUCGCCUCCGAUCGAAGAGGUUCGAGCGAUGGAAGGAGGAGGCACUCGGAGCUGGAAGCAUCCUCGGACAGCCAGGACUCGAAAGCGGAGAACGAUCGGUCCGUUGAAAUCGAACGUUCAAGCGAGUCUAAUGAAACCGCCGACGCGAACGAAUACGGACGCAAGGAAGAGGUUCCGAAAUUCGAGGAGACAGAGCCCGACGCGUCUAUUUUGGAGACCCGGAUUCUUAAAGUAGAGGAUGACGACGAGCAGUCGAUGAAGAUUGAGUAUCCAAGCGAUCAUGACACUGCCAACGCGGACGAAUGCAAGGAAGAGGUUCCGAAUGGUUCCAAAGACGACGAUGCCAACGCGGACUCAAGGGAGUUGUCACGGAAACCAACGGAACCGGACGAUACGAGUGUACAGCAGUCGAGGAAUGAGGGGAAAGCGGAAGAAAGCUACGCGGUAGCUAACGAACUGAAAAGCAAGUUGAUCGAAAUAGAAAUGGUGGAGAAGAACAUUGAAAAUACGUUGACCUCCUCGGAGACGGUCCUGAUAGCUGACGAUGAUCACGGAUUAAUAGCCUCGGCGUCGAGCUCGGGAAAAUCGAGCGUUGCAUCUGGGAACAAUGUGAUCGUCGCCGAUGCAGCGUUGGAAGACGUGGACAGAGAUUCGUUGGACAGCCCGAUCGAAGACCGGAAACAGUUCAAAGAUAGGGGACGAAAUUCCGCGGACACCGGCGACACAAGGAGAACCCGACAAGUAUCGAACGACGAAGACCCUUCCUGCUACGUGCUCACCGAGGGUUCUCCUUGCGAAAUACCGGAGUCGGUGACCACUGUGAUCAUACCGGACAAAGAGGCGGACAGCGACGACGAGGUCCCCAGAUUCGAGCCUGGAGCGGACUCGUUCGGCGAGUACGUCGCGUAUCCAGCGGAAACGUUUGAAUAUUCGAGCGCUGGCAUGGAGUUCCUGCGCGACAUAGAGGACGCCGUCGACCGAACGAUCUCGCGCAAGGAUCUGGCCAAUAUCAAGGAAGAGGAGGAAACUGAGAAGGAUGCGUCGGACAGCGCGAUGAACGCGCGCGCACGUUCGAUUGGCGUCGAACUGGAGUCGCUUGAACGGGACGAGGAUGCUACCACUGAGACCACCGACCGCACCAGCAACCGAGAACCAAGAGAAGCGGCGUCCAAUGAAGGCGAACACACGCUCCUGUCGGACAUAACGGAACCGUGCGUGCCCGAGCUGAAUCUGAGUUCGUUUCGGGAUACAUCCUCCGUCGACGAUAGAAGCGAUUCGAUCAAUUCUGAGGGUCGGUUGAAGGAGGAUAAAGAGUUGGAGCAGAAUGCUGUUCGCGAAACGGAGAUAACUUUCUCCUCGAUCGACAGUCUGUCCCGGAAGGAACAUUCGUCGAUUGUUGAUGGAAAUUCUUCGUUGAGAAGUAAGACUUCUGAGAAUGAAGCUUCAAUGGACCUCGGGGACCAUUCUGUGGAGAACAACGAGGACAAAUGUGUUCAGACGGUUGCCGACGAUCAAAGUGGGAAAGAUUCUAAUGCGGAAGAGGAAAUCGCGAGGGAGUUAAUCGGAAAAGGUUCUCCUGAUGUGGAGGAUGAAAUCGCGAGGGAGUUGAUAGAAAAAGGUUCUCCUGAUGUGGAGGAAGAAAUUGCGAGGGAGUUAAUGGGAAAAGAUUCUCCUGAUGUGGAGGAAGAAAUCGCGAGAGAGUUAAUAGGGAAAGAUUCUCCUGAUGUGGAGGAAGAAAUUGCAAGAGAACUAAUCGGGAAAGACUCUCCUAAUGUAGAAGAAGAGAUUGACAGAGAACUAAUAAGAAAAGAUUCUCCUGGCAUAGAAGAGGAAAUUGCAAGAGAGCUAAUAAGAAAGGAUUCUCUUGAUGUAGAAGAAGAAAUCUCACGAGAAUUAAUAGGAAAAAAUUCUCCUAAUGGAGAAGAAGAAAUUGAGAGAGAAGUAAUAGGAAAAAAAUCUCCUAAUGGAGAAGAAGAAAUUGAGAGAGAAGCAAUAAGAAAAGAUUCUCCCGACGUAGAAGAAGAAAUCUCACGAGAAUUAAUAGGAAAAAAAUCUCCUAAUGGAGAAGAAGAAAUUGAGAGAGAAGCAAUAAGAAAAGAUUUUCCCGACGUAGAAGAAGAAAUCUCACGAGAAUUAAUAGGAAAAAAAUCUCCUAAUGGAGAAGAAGAAAUUGAGAGAGAAGCAAUAAGAAAAGAUUUUCCCGACGUAGAAGAAGAAAUCUCACGGGAAUUAAUAGGAAAAAAAUCUCCUAAUGGAGAAGAAGAAAUUGAGAGAGAAGCAAUAAGAAAAGAUUUUCCCGACGUAGAAGAAGAAAUUUUACGAGAAUUAAUAGGAAAAAAAUCUCCUAAUGGAGAAGAAAAAAUUGAGAGAGAAGUAAUAAGAAAAGAUUCUCCUGAUAUAGAAGAAGAAACCGCAAAAGAACUAAUCGAGAAAGACUCUCCCCAUGCAGAAGAAAAAAUUAAGGGAGAGCUAAUAAGAAACGGUUCUCCUGACGUAGAAGAAGAAAUCUCACGAGAAUUAAUAGGAAAAAAUUCUGCUAAUGGAGAAGAAGAAAUCGCGAAAGAGCUAAUUAAGAAAGACUCUCCCAAUGCAGAAGAAGAGAUUACAAUUGAGCUAAUAAAAAAAGAUUCUCCUGGUGUAGAAGAAGAAAUCGCAAAAGAACUAAUCGAGGAAGACUCUCCCAAUGCAGAAGAAGAGAUUACAAUUGAGCGAAUAAAAAAAGAUUCUCUUGGUGUAGAAGAAGAAAUCGCAAAAGAACUAAUCGAGAAAGACUCUCCCAAUGCAGAAGAAGAGAUUACAAGAGAGCUGAUAAGAAAAGAUUCUCUUGAUGUAGAAAAAGAGAUCGCGAAAGAAUUAACCGGUAAGGAUUCUCCCGACGAAGAAGAAGAAAUUGCAAGGGAGCUAAUCAGAAAAGAUUCGCUUGACGUAGAAGAAGAAAUUGCGAGUGAGCUAAUGAGAAAAGAUUCCCUUGACGUAGACGAAGAAAUCUCACGAGAAUUAACAGGGAAAAGUUCUCCUAACGUAGAAGAAGAAAUCGCAAAAGAACUAAUAGGCAAUCUGACCGAUGAAAUAUCGAUGCUUACAAGAACACAGGACACCACCGCGACUGCAGCCUCUUUCGAUGCAGACGAAUCAUCGAAUUUCUGCUCUACCAGUCAAUUGAACGCUACUGUUUCGGAUAAGCAUGACAUUCCUGCCACCGUAGCGAUAGAACCCGGUGAUAUAUCCAUGGUGUCCACAUUGAACGGAGAAAAUUGUCAAGAAAACGUGAACGAUAGUAUUCGAGUGGAUGCAGAAGACGAAACGGAAGAUUCGAAUUCGAAUGACAUCGAGAAAGCGACGAUCGUAUGUGAGAAAUCCUCGGAGAACGAUCAAUCUAAAAAAUCAAAGGAACCGUUCAUCGAAACUCUCGACCAGCCUGAAAACUCGGAAAAACUAUUAAUCGACCUUGAUCAACCGGAAGAAUCAAAAGAUCCAGUAACCGAUUCAAGUUCACCGACUAUAACGCUGGACACGGCUGCCAGAGUGAUCCAGAUCUGGGUGCGUAAAUUCCUAUCCAGGCGCCGAAAGAAUUCUGACGAGCAAAACGGGCCAAGUACUCCAAACACGGCCACGAUUCUAAGCGAAACGUCGCAAUCGCCACGAGAAGACGCCAAACCGGGGAAAGGUGAAGGCUUCGUUAUUUCGAACGACGAAUUUAGCGAUCCGCAAAAGUCCGAGGAAUCCCGAGCAUCCGAGGUAUCUGGAUCAGAGCAGAACGAAAAAUGGCCGCCGAUGGUAGCAACGGGGAACACGGACGACGAGCGGAGGCCAGGGGAUCGAUCGAGUACCGUUUACAGCUCCAGACACACCGGAGAAUUUCACGACUCGCUGCCGUUGCCGAUUUUGGAGCUUCCCAAAGACAAAAUGUUGAGGUGCAUGCGAGAAUCCGCGAAACCCGUGCAUACGCCGUUCUUCGAUCCCGAGUCCCCUCAAGCGUGCGUCCUGUUGGCGUUCGGUUUUCCGAACAGCUUACUGGACGAUGGCUCGAACUGGAAAGGCUACGUCGGGUUUCCGCCUUCUGCUUCUGAUUUCAAACGAGAAGCAAACGGUACGCGUGCCAGUAAUCCCACGGAGGAGCAUUCCGAUUCCGACGUCGAUAGCAUUCGGGAACCACUGGCUCUCGACGGGACAUCGAAAUCCAUCCUCAUAGAGGAGAUCACAACCGCCGACGAGGAAGAACACGCGCCACAGGACAACGUUGAAGAGCGUACCAGUUCACCGGUUGACCUUGUUGAUUCCGACAAUCGAAAGAGCAUUGAGGAAAAAGAGGGUCCUCCGGAAAAUUCGGAUGAGUCGAAGUCCACUCAACCUUUGUAA